UACAAUUAGGACUAUUGUUCUCCCUUUUGACUGAGAUCAUGGGCAGAUGUUUUGCCACAGCUGGCCAGAACUUGGGAAGACUGUGAAGCAACCAGAUAACAUUUUGGCAUCUGAGGUUGCUGUUUCUGGCUUAAGGUACGAAGAGAUCUCCUAAUAUUCAGCUCACUCCCUUCCAGGUGCUCUGAUCAUCAAAUCUGAAGGUGCAGGCUACGUAGUGAUCAAUGGCGCGAAGAGCGGACUCUUCCUUUGUAUGGACAUUAACGGAGAUAUCUUUGGAUCGCAUUACUUCAGCUAUGAGGAUUGCAUUUUUAAACACUGGACCCUGGAAAACGGCUACGAUGUUUACCAGUCCCCCAAGUACAACUACCUAGUCAGCCUGGGGAGGGCUAAGCAGCCGCUCUUUCCCAACAUGAAUCCACCCGUUUACUCCCAGUUUUUAGCCAGAAGGAAUGAAAUCCCCUUGGUCCAGUUCAACACGCCAAGGCCUCACAGACACACGCGGGGCGCCGGGGCUGAUCCCUGUGACAGCAUCUUGUCAGCUGGAAAGAUGCCGGAGGAAGGUGCCGGUGGGGCUCAGCUGGCCAUCCGCCCCAGCUUGACCAGUUCAAAUUCUGAAGAGAGAGACCCACACGGUGCCGCCCUGAACGAAAGGUUUUCCAGUCCUAGAGUGGAUUCCUGAACCUGAGACAACUUGGGAGAAUCUGACUCUCUCCUGAAUCGUAAAAAAAGCUCAACUGUUUCUUCAGAUGAAUUGUUCAGAAGAAGGGGCAUACGUGUGCGUGUGUUUGCGUGCUCCUAGCACUGGUCCUUACCAAACUGAAUGACAAGUCUGGAAAAUGGGUUAUGAGAGGAGUUUUAUGUAUUUUGCUCGAUGCACAUUUUAAUCUUUAAGCUUUACAACUGUAAUGCUGUACAGUAUAGAGUCUUGCCCGUGCCACGGUCCACACGGCCGACUGGCAGAGAUUGUGCAGUUGCCAACGUCUUCUCUGUGGGUCCUGUGGCCCGAUUUGCCUCCAGCCUACGGAGGAUGCCUGGAACCUUCAAACCAGAAAAACCCGUGGUCGGCUGCUGCGAGAGGAGAGGGAAGGGCGAAGAUCCUCCACUGCCUCCUGAAUGCCCAGGCAUCCGUGCAGUGAGUGCGCCUCUGAAAAAUGGUGAUGGGCCCAGGGCGCUGCUUCGGGACCGAGGAAUCUCACCGGGAGCAUCUCCCUCUGGCUGUUUCAGAGUACUCGGCUCUGCCUGGCUGAGGGUAUGAAUAAGACCAAGUGCUCUCACAGUGAGGUUUUUUGGUGGCCCAGGUUGUUGCAAGUCCAGCAGGCGGGGAGCCUUGAGCAAAGAGAUGGGGCUUCACCUGGCUUCAUCGUCCUGCGUUAUGAAUACGUAAGACGAUGCACAGUUCUCUCUUUCAGAGGCAGCCCUCUUCCAAAACAGUGCAUGACGUGACCUGUUGUCACACAGUAUUCCACAACUAGUAGAAGUGGUCUGAUUCAGCCAGGCUGACACCCGCGAGUUUCUCCCAUUGGUCUCAACAGGACUCACUCAUGACUAACCUUAGCUGGAUUCAGGAUACUGGCCCAUCAUCUCAACGUAUUGGCCAAAGGUAGGCUUUGCCCAGGAAAGGCCAAAUCCUGUGGUCUUGUUAUGGGUUGCCUACAGCCGGAUGGAGGGGAACGUGCCCAUAAGCCUCCCUUCCCAGAGGAAUGAGUUGUGAUGCUCCAUAAAGCAGCUGGCAGCCAUCCCUCUGGGAUGGGGUUCGAGUCCAUGUCAUGCCUGUCACCUCCCCCCCGCCCCCAUCUCCACGAUGCCAGGAUUUGAGACCGGAUUUUGGGAGAGGCGGUAUUUGUAGCAGAACUUUGCCUAGGAAA